CCUCGUCGGCUUCCGUAGUCGCGUUGGAGGCUCUGACACAGAGGUAUCAGAAGGUUCCUCGCCAUGAGUCGAAGCUACAACGAUGAGCUCCAGUUCCUGGACAAACUGGACAAGAACUGCUGGCGGAUCAAGAAGGGCUUCGUGCCCAACAUGAACGUGGAGGGCGUCUUCUAUGUGAACGAUCCUUUGGAGAAGCUGAUGUUCGAAGAGCUAAGGAAUUCAUGCCGAGGGGGAGGUGCUGGUGGUUUCCUUCCGGCAGUAAAACAAAUUGGAAAUGUAGCUGCACUGCCUGGCAUUGUUCAUAGAUCUAUAGGGCUUCCUGAUGUCCAUUCUGGCUAUGGGUUUGCUAUUGGUAAUAUGGCUGCCUUUGACAUGAAUGACCCUGAAGCAGUAGUAUCACCAGGUGGUGUAGGUUUUGACAUCAACUGUGGUGUGCGGUUACUACGUACCAACCUUGAUGAGUGUGAUGUCCAGCCAGUGAAAGAACAGCUUGCUCAGUCAAUGUUUGACCACAUUCCUGUUGGUGUGGGAUCGAAGGGUGUCAUCCCCAUGAAUGCCAAGGAUCUGGAGGAGGCUCUGGAGAUGGGUGUGGAUUGGUCCCUGCGAGAAGGCUAUGCUUGGGCUGAGGACAAAGAACACUGUGAAGAAUAUGGGAGGAUGCUGCAAGCUGACCCAAAUAAAGUCUCAGCAAGGGCAAAGAAAAGAGGGCUGCCCCAGCUGGGGACUUUGGGAGCAGGAAAUCAUUACGCUGAGAUCCAGGUUGUCGAUGACAUUUAUAAUGAGUAUGCUGCUAAAAAAAUGGGCAUAGACCACAAGGGGCAAGUAUGUGUGAUGAUCCACAGUGGCAGCAGAGGGCUUGGACACCAAGUAGCUACAGAUGCCCUGGUAGCCAUGGAGAAAGCUAUGAAGCGGGAUAAGAUAGUUGUGAAUGAUCGCCAGUUGGCAUGUGCCAGGAUUUCUUCCCAGGAGGGUCAAGAUUAUUUGAAGGGGAUGGCAGCUGCUGGAAACUAUGCAUGGGUCAAUCGUUCUUCCAUGACUUUCCUCACUAGACAGGCAUUUGCCAAAGUCUUCAAUACUACCCCUGAUGAUUUGGAUAUGCAUGUGAUCUACGACGUAUCUCACAAUAUUGCUAAAGUAGAGCAGCACGUGGUAGACGGAAAGGAACGGACCUUACUGGUGCAUCGGAAAGGAUCAACCAGGGCAUUUCCUCCUCAUCACCCCCUCAUAGCUGUUGAUUAUCAGCUGACUGGCCAGCCAGUCUUGAUAGGUGGAACCAUGGGAACUUGCAGCUAUGUCCUUACCGGUACAGAGCAGGGUAUGACUGAAACCUUUGGAACCACCUGUCAUGGAGCCGGUCGUGCUUUGUCCCGUGCCAAAUCUCGACGCAACUUGGAUUUCCAGGACGUAUUAGACAAGUUGGCAGAUAUGGGCAUUGCAAUUCGUGUUGCUUCCCCUAAACUGGUCAUGGAAGAAGCACCUGAAUCUUACAAGAAUGUGACAGAUGUGGUUAACACUUGUCAUGCAGCUGGCAUCAGCAAGAAAGCCAUUAAACUGAGACCCAUUGCAGUAAUCAAAGGUUAGGGAAACCUUUCCCAGAAAUUGGCCAGUGCUGUCCUUACCCAAGACCUCAUGCCACCCAGAGUGCUUCGUGAUUAUAGUUCCAUCCAGCUGGAGAAUGUAAACUGACAGACUCUUUCUUACAAUUCUUGGAAGAAAAGUGUGUCCAGGAAGCUUUGUUUUGUUUUUUGUUAUAUGAAAGGCUAAACCAAGGCAUGUUACCCACUUGAAUUUAUGGAGGGGUUAAAUUUCUUUUAGAAGAUUGAAAUCCACUUUUGCAGGUUGCUCUUUCCACUUAAUAUAUGAUCUGUGCUCUCCAUUGUUGAGUUCCCGAUGAAUGUUGAUUGGAUAGACCCUAGUCUUCCAGAAGGCUUCGUGGGAUGUACAUCAAGUGCAGAUACUUCUGUUCCGAUUUAGUUGCCUUUCGUUUCUUCUUACAGUAGUUUUUCACUUCUCCUAAAGACCUGAUGUUUCUGUAAUAUAUCAUAUACUGAAGCUGACUAUUGGUAAAUGCUUUGUAUGGUCUAUGGGAAUCCUUUGUGUACAGUGAGUUGUAAUAAAACCCAGUUGAUCCUGCUCAUCUGUAUGACUUGACAGCAGCUGUAUAAGCUCCAGCAUAAAACCCAUGAUUAAAAUGUGCUGUAAGAUGGUAUGGAGGGAGGAAGGAAAAAUUUGCAAAAACUGUUUUUGCCAUCUGUACCAGGAGCAGGGGGCUUUGCCUAGAACUCACACCCAAUAAUACCCCUGUUUAAAGCUUCAUUUGCAUGUUUUCCCCCAUGCAACUGAGUACUUCUUCGAAAAGAAACAAGUUCUCCCUUGAUAUACCUCAUGAUUAAGGGAGCCAUGCUAGAGAAGACUUAGAUACUGCAUUUUUCAUGCUUGAACAUGAACACCUCAUUUCUAAUGCGAUAGGCAUCUGAUUAUUAAUUAAAUAUACAAGAAACACAUCUUCCACUGCCUUUGGACAUUCGUAAGACACAGGAGGGUGAUGCUUUAGUUCACACUUUGAAAUGGCAAACUAGAAUAGCAAUAUAAGAAAAAAGAGUAGUGCAGCUCAAAUUGUGAAUUAGAUUCUAUCUGUACAUACAAAGAGCAUGUGUGUGGGGAACAGCUCCAAAAUAAAAUGCAGGGAUAUAGGGAUUCUGUGGUAAGCAUACUUUGAAUGUAGGAAAAAGUCCAUCUGAUAACGGGCAGGUUAUAUCAGCACUAGUUAAACUAGUGUAAAUUUUGCCCUGGUGCUGCUGUUUUUAUUUGCAGUAAGGUGCACCAGUUCAUCAUCUGAAAAAUACAAGGCUUUGGGUUUUGAAAACACUAGCAUCUUUUCAUGUAGUAACAAGAGUAGUAAUUUUAUGAGCUGUGGAUAAUAUGAUACUGGCCAACUCACUUGUUUGCCUUUAACCAAAUCUAGAAGUGGCUUUUCAGGACAGGUCUAGAAAUUUCUAAAUAAAAUGAAGAAUGCAAGAAA